AAUUUCAGUGCUUUCAAUUUUGUUUCGUGGUACAUUUGCCUUUAACCUUUGUCGACCAGGUUAGAUUCUCUUACUAAAAUACUCUCAGUAAUUAAUAGAUAUGAUUGGGGAAAAUUAAAGACCUUAAAUAUGCGGCAGCUUAUUAGCAAGCAAGCAAAAUGGUUUGCUUUUUCGUGGACUGGAUUUAGAAUUUCGAUAUGGCGCAACUAAUGCAGCGCCGACUCCAUGCUUGGUAUGAGUCAUGGAAUUUCCCCAGUGCAUUUUUAAUAAGCCUCAUCAUUGGCUCGAGAUUCGCACCAGAAGCAGAGUCCUUCCACGUAAAAAUUAAGCGCUGAAUUAAGCCUAUGCCGAAUUGUUCGUUGGAGAUCCAGAAAGGAGAGAGAAUCCUAGAGCACAUUGUCGUCCUUAUGCGUGACGUCGCUAAGAGUAAGAGUCCCAUGCAACCCAUCCUGCGCGUUGGCUCCACCCCUCGCGCUUCCCCCAUCGAUUUUUACACAAGUCCCGAGCAGAACUUUGUCGCAUCCCCACGAACCGCUGUCGGCCGAGUAAAACCAAGCAGGGAAGGUCCUCUCGCCAUACCCAGUGAGACUAUAACGUUUUAAAUGUGCUGUUUGUGGUGAACCUCCAAGAUGUCGCACAAUAGUCAACCAGUGUCAUCUGCUGAUCCGGUGAAAAUGGUUGUAAAAUCCAACCAGGCUACUAGUGGAAAUGUGCAACAUAUUGCUACUAUCGUCAAUCCACUUCCAGUGUAGACGCCUAGAUAAAUCAGCACACUUCUCAAUGUUAGCCAUCAAGAAUAAUCCUAUGCUUGCUGAAGCAUAUAGCAACCUUGGAAAUGUCUACAAGGAGCGAGGGCAACUUCAGGAGGCCCUUGAAAAUUACCGUCAUGCUGUCCGCCUGAAACCAGACUUUAUUGAUGGCUAUAUCAACUUGGCAGCAGCAUUGGUUGCUGCCAAUGACAUGGAACAAGCUGUUCAGGCCUAUGUCUCUGCUCUACAGUAUAAUCCA